UCUGAAAUUGGGGAGAAAGCCAGGUGCAAAGAGUGGGCUGGAGAGAGAUAUAGUUAGGGAUUCAGCAAACCGCUCCCGGUCUGAGAUACCAGCCGACUGGGCAGUGAGGGGGGAAAACGGGGAGAGGCUGAGGCACAGAGCGGGUGGAAGGGAACAGGCUUGAGAAAGUGAUGGGCUCGAGUAUGGAGUGUAGUCGGGACAGGUUCUUCACCUGGGACGAGGUGCAGAAGCACUGUACCCGCAGCGACCGCUGGCUGGUGAUCCACAGGAAGGUCUAUGAUAUCAGCGAGUUCAGCAAAAGGCACCCGGGAGGGGCCCGAGUGAUCGGGCACUACGCGGGGCAGGAUGCUACGGAUCCUUUCACUGCCUUCCACAUUGAUAAGUCACUGGUGAGCAAGUACCUGAACUCACUGCUGAUUGGAGAGCUUGCUCCUGACCAGCCCAGCUUGGAAUCUUGGAAAAGUAAACUGAUAACAGAGGAUUUCCAGGAGCUACGUGCGCUUGUGGAAAGGACAAACCUCCUCAAGCCGAACAAGCUGUUCUUUGCUGGAAUGCUAGCACACCUACUGCUCCUCGAUGCUGCGGCAUGGCUCACCCUGUGGUAUUUUGGUACUUCCUUUGUCCCCUUUAUGAUCAGCACAGCUCUUCUGGCCAUUGUACAGGCGCAGGGUGGUUGGCUACAGCAUGACUUUGGACACCUCUCCGUGUUUAGCAAGUCCAAGUGGAACCAUAUUGUUCACAAAUUUAUCAUUGGCCACCUGAAAGGUGCCCCAGCCAGCUGGUGGAACCACCUCCACUUUCAGCAUCAUGCCAAGCCCAAUUGCUUCCGCAAAGACCCUGACAUCAACAUGCAUCCCAUCUUCUUUGUCUUGGGAAAGAAGCUCCCAAUUGAGGUGGGAAUGCAGAAGAAGAAGUAUAUGCCAUACCAAUACCAACACAAGUAUUUUUUCCUGAUUGGACCUCCAGCACUACUCCCCCUUUACUUCCAAUGGUACAUCUUUUACUUCGCUGUACAGCGAAAGCAGUGGGUGGACUUGGCCUGGAUGGUGUCUUUCUACAUUCGUAUCAGCCUGACUUACAUCCCACUGCUUGGCAUUCAAGGUUUUCUGUUAAUGUUCUUUCUAGUGAGGUUUAUGGAAAGUAAUUGGUUUGUGUGGGUGACUCAGAUGAAUCACAUUCCUAUGAUAAUUGACCAUGAUCAGAAGGAAGACUGGCUGACCAUGCAGUUACAUGCCACUUGUAACGUCCAUCAGUCUUUCUUCAAUGACUGGUUCACAGGCCACCUCAACUUCCAGAUUGAACAUCACCUGUUUCCCACAAUGCCAAGGCACAACUUGCACAAGGUGGCACCAUUAGUAAGGUCACUCUGUGCUAAACAUGGCCUGGAGUACCAGUCAAAGCCUUUAUUCACCGCCUUUGCAGACAUAGUACAUUCCUUGAAAGACUCUGGGGAGCUCUGGUUGGAUGCUUAUCUACACAAGUGAUUGGUCGCACCAAACAACUAACCACAUUUUCAAGCAGUUGCUGCCUUGCAGAUAAGAAAACCAGUGCCCGAAGGAGCUACUGCCAUUUUGUAGACAUUGUCCCAAGAACCACAGAAGAAAUGUUGUUAACUCCAGUGGGAUGCAAUUAUAAUUGAAGGAACUGAGCUAUUGUCAAUAAGAAUACAGAUAUAAUUCAAUAUGAAACAAGUGUGGGAAUUAGCUUUAUGCUUAUCAAAGGAUUCUAGUGCUGGAGACUAGAACAUUUUCCAUUCCAGGAUUUAAUUUUUACACCCUGAAGGGAUUGGGCCUAGACAUUUAUGUUACUGGCCUGCAUGUUGGUUUAUCAGCUCCAUUUUUCUGAAAUUCAGGCAGGAAUGGGUGGUGAUAUCAACAUGGUAGCAUCCUGCCAAACAGCAGGGUGGGCAGCAGGCAUGCUAUGUGGCUUUCCUGUUUGCCUGACUUCUGUGAUGGAGGAGCUCCCACUCUGUAAUAGUUCUCCAGUUACUAAGGACAUUUUUUUACUGCAAUGUUUAAAAUGCGUGCCUUCACCUUAAGGCAUCCUCUCUCUUACCUGAAAUGCCAACCUCCUGCUUCUUCAGUGCUUAUUAGUUUACCAGUUUCAAGAGUCCACCUGCCGCCCUUGAUUUACUGUGGGCCUGGCUUCCGGGUCAUUAAUUAAUCAUUUAGGGGAAAAUCACUGCCGGGGAUUAUUCCCCACGUAGUGUCAGCUUCUGAUCCCCCAUUCGAAUGUCACACCAGGGUCCUGAAAUCAUUAGAGAAAAUCCUGGCUCAGUGUCACUGCCAAGAAAAGGUCCCUUCACUCUGCCCCAACAGUGUGCCUCCUCCACAAUGUCAGAAACAUACUUUCCACUGUACCAAGAUUGCCAUCUCACAUUUUGUGCUGCAGGACCAUGUCCACUUCGAACUGAGUUGAAAUUGCAUUUGUUGCAAGACCCACACAGUGAUCAGCAGCAGGAACCUUGCAUCCGAAAUACCUGAUGUGCAACAAGGUGUUUCCACACCCUGCAGCAGCCACUUCUAUUUUCAGUUAUCACCUGAUAAUUAUUCUAAGUAAAAUAAUGUUUCCUGCUUUGCCACUGACGUUUGCACCAGUCUCCAUAAACGUUACCAUUCGCACCAUUAAAAUGAAACAAAACUCAAAGCUGUAGACUUUUACAGUGAGCACAUUCUGUAAAAUGAAAACCUGGCAGGAAGCUUGCAUCCGAAAUACCUGAUGUGCAGCAAGGUGUUUCCACACCGUGCAGCAAGGUGUUUCCACACUCUGCAGCACCCACUUCUAUUUUCAAUUAUCACCUGAUAAUUAUUCUAAGUAAAAUAAUGUUUUUAUUUUACUGGACCACUGAUUAUUUUAAGUCAGUUAGUGCCCCCAUUAAAAGUGGAUGGAGCAAUAUGAUCAAAUAUUAAUUCACUACCCACUACAGAACAGCAAUAACCUUUAAGCUUAUAUGUGAUUUCUGGUUAUGUGGUCAGUGAUUGAUUGUAACAGUCUCUCUCUGCAAUGAUAUUAUGUUAUAAUCAGUGGUGGAAUCCACCAAUACUAAGGAUUGCAUUCACUAGUGGCUGCAUGCUGUACAUCUGCUGGUGUAUCUAUAUUUCAAGAUAGGUGUGAGAAUGCUGUGGAACCUGUGCUGGUUCGUUGAUGGCAAGAAGUAAUCUUAAAAUAAGGUGGCUCAUGGUCAUCAGUCAACAGCUUCCAUGUCAUGGACCAUUCAUUCCAGUUUGUGGAGGAUAUGGGAAAGUGGAGGUGGUGGUAUCCAGGGGUACAGGUAUUACAAGGAAGAUUGUGGUCUUUAUUUUUUUCCAUAUCAAGGUGGUGAUUGUUAAAAUUUUGAAUUCUUGCUUAAUUCCAGUGUUAAUUUUGUGUAGUCAGUGUUUCCCUUGAGGCCCUAACCAGUGAGUGACUGACCUACACAGAACAGGAGAACUGCAGACUCAAUAUUUGGCUCAGUGGAGUCAGCUGAUUCCACUGGGGAUAACAGAGGGAGCAGUACGGUUGGACCCAGGACUUCUAUUUACAGAAAGGGGAAAGAAUGCUUAGCCAUGGUUUUAAUUCAUAAUUGCUAAAUACUGACCCUUGCUGAAAAUGCCGGUACUAGAGAGGGAUUGGAUCAGUUCCUCAACAUGCAAAUCCCCUGUGUCUCAAAACUAGUUAACAUUCGUUCAGAGAUUCAUAGAGGAAAAUGAGCAGCUGGUGCAUGGCCCACUGGGUGUCAGCACCACAAUGUAAACAAAGAUGUUGGCUGUUGCAAUUAAUUUCUAGUGUACACACAUUAGGAAUACAUAUGUGCACAAUUAAUAACAGCGCACAAUCUCUGUGUACUUGUAGAUCCACAUACACAUAUUCACAGAUACUGCUGCACAGUGGCUCAAUCAUAACCAUUCACCAUGACAACUAUUUGCAAAGAUAUCUCCAGAAUGAGGACCAUUCAUUUGUCUCAGACUGAGGGCUGCAAUGGUCAAGGUUUUCAAUGAACCAGUUUCCUCACCUUUCCUAAUGGUCCUGGCCUAUGCAGGGUUUAGUUCCGGAGGCUCCAGCAGCCCUUUCUCCUCCAUAACUUCAUCCUUGACAAAUGAGACUCGUUAAUGAAUGGUUUCAAUGGUCGGUGCAAUGUAGGCAAUCCCAAUUCUGUUCAGGCCAGCCAUUCAGGCAGGUGAUCUGCUGAGUGGUGACUGGGAGUAGGAGUUCUGGCUGAUUUUCAUAACCGUAGCCCCAGAGACUGAAACUGACUAUGUUCAGUUCACUGCCCACAUCCUGUGGAAUGACCCUUGGGCACUGUGGCCUGUAAAGCUCAGCAGGUGGUGCAUUUAAUCAGGUCAUCUGUUCAUCAGCAUUCUAACUGAUACUGACACAAUGGCACUAGUUUUCUGAUCAAAUUGCUGAUGGUAACCAAAUAUUAAUAAAUUGAUUACCACCAAUAUGUCAGGCAGGAAACCUAAACGUAUAAUUUUGAGAUACCAAACAAAAGAGCUUUGUUAUUAGAGUUAGAUUGCUGGAUGUGCUUUGUUAAAGUAAGGGUAUCAAACUGAAUUAAUCCAGGCUUGUGUAUUCUUUUUUA